AUGGUUUCGCUUAGGGGCAAGAAGGAGAGACUCGGAGCCGCUGCUGCUCUGAUAGUGGCUCUCGCGUCUACUUUCGCGCACGGCCGCGCUCUGCCGCAACCACGGGAGGCGGUCUUUGCCGUCGAGAGCGAGCUUGCACCGACCUCGAUCGACAGGCUCGUUGAACAGCCGCUCGUGGUCGAUUCAGCUUCUACGUACAGAGCCUCGGAGAAAGCGUUUGCCGAUGGAGCGCUCAGACCUGCCGACUACUGGGCCAGCGAGGAAGGCGUCGGCCAUUUCUCGGAAUGGUCCAAGUCGACCAAGCACGACUUUAUCGCCGACUGGGCCUUGGGCAAGGCGAACGAAUGGACCAUCGUCAUGGGCAACGAGGGCGGCGACCUCGACAGUAUGGCUUCAGCGCUCUCAUGGGCCUACCACCUGUCCCACUCGACGCUGCAUCAUCCUCAGCCACGCAAGGCCGUCGCCCUCCUCCAGACCCCGCUCGAUGCUCUCGACCUCCGCCCCGAGAACAAGCUCGCACUCGAUAACUCAAAGAUGAGUUCGGGUCAUCGCGAUCUGCUGACCAUCGAUGAGCUGCCCGCACACCCAAGAGCCGUUGCCAAGCAGAUCCGCGGCAUCGUCCUGGUCGACCACCCUUUGCCGUUAAGCGUCUGGGCAGAUGCUGAGGUCGUAGGUAUCAUCGACCACCACGCAGAUCGCGGCGUCGCACCGCAUGCCAACCCGCGCAUCUUCGAGACAGUGGCUAGUUGCACCACGCUGGUUGCUCGACAGAUGCUCGACGAGCUCGAGGCGAUCCCCGGCCCCCCGGACGGGCCAGGAGAAUACCACAUGCCCCACGAGCUGCUCGAGCUCAUGUUAGACGCCAUCGCCAUCGACUCGGACGGCUUAAACCCCAAGAAGUCGACCAAGACCGAUGCGGACGUCUCGCGGCGCGUCCUUGAGCGCAGCAACUGGCACAACGAAAGCCUGUCGCAAGUCAUGGACCGACUCGACAAGGAGCUGGGCGAGGCCAAGCGCGAUCUCUCCCACCUGAGCGUGCGCGACCUUCUGCGUCGCGACUGGAAGGGCGAUGUGGUUGAGACGACCGACACCGCCACGCCGGCCAUUCAUCUCGGCUUUGCAUCCACGCCGGUGUCGAUCGACGACCAGAUCGAGCGCACGGAGCGCAAGACGCUCAAGGACUGGUUCCGAGUCGAGCGCCGCUGGACCGCCGAGAUCCGCGCCGACGUCAGCAUCUGUCUCAACAAGUACAAGGACCACAAGGGCAACAAGGUGCGAGAGAUCGUGCUGACUGUUCGACACGACCACCGCAUCAACCGCACCCAGGCCGACGACCUCUUCCGCGUGCUCAGCUCCGCCCUCAACGAGAGCUUCGACCUCGAGGAGCAUCCCAAGAUGAAGCAUCAUGCGGGCAAGAAGCGACGGCAAAUGGUGUGGGUCCAUGGACGCAAGGACGCCGGUAGAAAGGUCGUGCGACCCAUCGUCGAGCGGGCCGUCAAAAGCUGGAUCUCUCCCUAA